AUGCGCAUUCGCUUCCUCACCCACUCUCUCCCCUGCUUCCUCUGCCUGCUUGCCUCGGGGGAGCUUGCUCCUCGCUUUGCUGACAUCGCCUGUUCAUUCCGUAAAAUAAUAAAGAACUCUAUCGUUAGCCUGGAAAAAAAAACUCAUCGUAGACAGAGACAGAAUAAAGACAGUGCUACAAAACUGGAACGGGUGUAUGUGGUGUCUCCCCCGCUGGAAGCAAGCGAGCACAGACGUCUAGACAGUGAGGGGAAAGAAAAGAAGGGACAGUCGGUCAGGUCAGGCUAUUCGUCCAAUGUGUGUACAGUACACACGGCAUAUGUCGUUACUCUAUCUAAGCCAAGGUGGAAGUAUUUCUCCCUGACGAGGUACAUGUAUGGACAUUAUAUGAUUCCAGCUCGAUGGCACGUACUGCGAGGCGUUGGAGGCGUAUGCAACAUUAGCGCGCCUCCAUGA